UCAAUCUUCGACUCCCACCACUGAACUCGGUGUUGCUGCCCAAGUGAUCGACAGCUAACCCCACACCCGUUGUUCAGCCGCAACCGCAGCAGGAGUCCACUUCGACCCAAACCUCGAACCACUCGACACCACCACAUCGCAACGAUGGGGUUCCUCAGCAAGAAGAAGGACGACGGCGACGAGAGCAACCGCAACGCUCUCUUUGGCAGCCGCAAGAAGAGCGAGAAGGCACCCACGCAGAGCAACCCAUACGCCGCCGCACCAGCCAAGGACCCCUACGCACAACCGCCACCACAAUACUCGGGCCCCAAUGACAGCUACCGCCAGGAGAAGACACCCGCCGUGACCGGCCCCGGCCAGCAGUACGGAGGUCGUGGAGGCGGCGGAGGCGGCGGAGGCUACGGUGCUCAGGGAGGCAGCUAUGGUGCCCAGAGCGGCUAUGGAAAUGACCGCUACGGUAGCUCACCUGCGCCACAGCAGAGCGCUCGCGGACCCGGCGGCUAUGGAGGCCUUGGGCGCACCAACUCGACCGACACAGACGCCAAUAGGAACGACCUCUUCGGCAACGCUGCCCAGCGCCAGCAGCAACCGCAGCAGAGCGGCUACGGGCAGCAGCCGGGCGGAUACGACUCACAGCCCGGAGGCUACGGACAGUCGACGCCUGGUGCCUACGGUGCCAGCUCGGGCGGCUAUGGCGCUUAUGGUGACCGCGAGCUGACGGCUGAGGAGCAGGAAGAGGAGGACAUCGGUGCAACCAAGCAGGAGAUCAAGUUCAUGAAGCAGCAGGAUGUCAGCAGCACACGCAACGCUCUUCGCCUUGCCCAGCAGGCCGAGGAGACGGGUCGCGACACCCUUGCCAGGCUUGGAGCGCAGGGCGAGCGCAUCCACAACACUGAGCGCAACCUCGAUCUUGCCUCCACACAGAACCGUAUCGCUGAAGAGAAGGCUCGCGAGCUGAAGACUCUCAACAAAUCCAUGUUUGCCAUGCACGUCUCGAACCCCUUCACCGCCUCCUCGCGCCGCCAAGCCCGCGACGACAAGAUCAUGGAGAACCACCACCGCGACCGCGAAGCCCGCGACGCCACCCGCAAAGCCGCCUGGGAGUCCUCCUCACGCCAGGACAACCAAAGUCGCACCAUGCAAGGCAUGUCCGGGGGCAACAAGAAGUCGUCACUCGCCGAGCGCGCUAAGUACCAGUUUGAAGCUGAUAGCGAGGAUGAUGAGAUGGAGAAUGAGAUCGACAGCAAUCUGGAUGCGCUGCAUGGUGCGGCGAAGAGGUUGAAUCAGCUUGGAAGGGCGAUGGGUGAUGAGGUUGAUACGCAGAAUAAGCAUAUUGAUCGUAUUAUUGGCAAGACGGAUAAGGUCGAUGAUCAGAUUGCUAUGAACAGGGCAAGGCUUGACAGGAUCAAGUAAGCGGGGAUUUGAAAGGGAUGAUGUGUAGAUAUAGGGAAAGCGGGCAGCUGGCACAUGAGGCGUUUGGGGUUGUUCUAUACAUCA